CCCGCGCUCCUGCCCUGCUCGCGCUCUCUCGCUCGCGCUCCCCGGGGUCUCCUCAGCGCGGCGGCGGCGGCAGCGGCGGGGGGCGGCGGCGGCGGCCGGGCGUAGGCGGCUCCGACCAUGUCGGGCGAGGAGGAGGCGGCUGAGCUCACCAUCGCUGAGGACCUGGUGGUGACCAAGUACAAGAUGGGGGGGGACAUCGCUAACCGGGUCCUGCGUGCGGUGGUCGAAGCGGCAAACUCCGGAGCAUCGGUUCUCUGCCUGUGUGAGAAAGGAGAUGCCAUGAUCAUGGAAGAGACUGGCAAGAUUUUCAAGAAGGAAAAAGAAAUGAAAAAAGGUAUUGCCUUCCCAACGAGUAUAUCAGUAAAUAACUGUGUGUGUCACUUCUCCCCCCUGAAGAGUGACCAAGACUACAUCCUCAAAGAUGGAGACUUGGUCAAAAUUGACUUGGGAGUCCAUGUUGAUGGCUUCAUAGCAAAUGUAGCACACAGUUUUGUCAUAGACGCCUCAAAGGAAAACCCUGUGUCAGGCCGUAAAGCUGAUGUCAUCAAGGCGGCUCAUCUGUGUGCUGAAGCUGCUCUGCGCUUGGUAAAGCCUGGAAACCAGAACACACAAGUGACAGAUGCAUGGAACAAAAUAGCCCACUCGUUUCACUGCACGCCGAUUGAAGGGAUGCUGUCGCAUCAGCUGAAACAGCAUGUGAUCGAUGGAGAGAAAACAAUCAUCCAGAACCCUACAGACCAGCAAAAGAAGGACCAUGAAAAAGCAGAAUUUGAGGUCCAUGAAGUUUACGCUGUUGAUGUUCUUGUCAGCAGUGGAGAGGGAAAGGCAAAGGAUGCUGGACAGAGAACUACAAUUUACAAAAGGGACCCCUCCAAACAGUAUGGCUUGAAGAUGAAAACCUCCCGUGCCUUUUUCAGUGAGGUGGAGAGGCGCUUUGAUACUAUGCCAUUUACUCUCAGGGCAUUUGAGGAUGAGAAGAAGGCCAGGAUGGGGGUGGUGGAAUGCGCCAAACACGAGCUGCUCCAGCCUUUCAAUGUCCUCUACGAAAAGGAAGGAGAGUUUGUUGCACAGUUCAAAUUCACAGUGCUUUUAAUGCCCAAUGGUCCUAUGAGGAUAACCAGCGGCCCCUUUGAACCAGAACUCUACAAGUCAGAGUUUGAGGUGCAAGAUGGAGAACUGAAGGCCCUUCUACAAAGUUCUGCAAGCCGGAAGACCCAGAAAAAGAAGAAAAAGAAGGCCUCCAAGAACGCAGAGAAUGCCACCACGGGAGAGACAGCGGAAGAGAAUGAGGCUGGCGACUGAGCAGCUCCUGCUCCCUCGAUGUAGCACCCAAUUCACACACACUCGCCCCUUUUCCCCCAAAAAACAGAAGCAAAAUAAUCUAGCACUGUUUGUCUCUUACGACCAAAACAAACAGUCUGGACUUCCCACUGACUACAACCAGCUCCUAUUGACUUUGCCAAUGAGGGAGGAUUCUCUCAGCCACUUCAGACUACUUAAAAAAAGAAAGCAGAAAAAUAAAAUCAGGAGUAAAAGCUAGUCUAUAUCCACUCUUUCUAACCUUUUAUACUACCCAUACUUGUUGAAGAGGUGAACAACUAAGCCGAUCCCAGUGAGAGAGGGAGUGUAGAGAGCUGCCUGCUUUCUUCUUCCUCCUCUCUUCUUUUUAAUUUCUCCCAUUACAGAUUUUCUUGGAGGAAAAAAAAAACCAAACCAAACAGCUCAUUACACCCGAGAAAAAGUGCCCUGUGUUUAGUGAUAUGGUACACGUGGACGGUGUAAGGUGAUCUGCCUUGCCAUGCCAUCUCAGCUCCUCCAGGCGGUGUAGGCAUUCCUCUCCCUGGGGCAGAGGAUUUCUCACUCUUUUCUUUUAGCCUCUAGAUUGUACAUUUAUAAUUGGGAAAAAUAUCAAAUUUUAUCUCCCCUGUGAAACUGUAGACUGUUCAGUCUACUCUGUUCUGUCUCUGCCUUGAUUUACGUAUAAACACUCUAUUUUUUAAUAUGCCGCUGUGGCGAGCUCGUUUUUAAAUUUGACUGUCCAACUUGCUCGGAAGCAGAUGAUGUUCCCCACCUGACAGCUCUGCAGAGUCGCAGGAGGCCAGUGAGCUGCCUGCCACCCGGCAGUGGUUUUUAAUUCCCUGGUGUCCCGGGGAGUUUCAUUCUUCCCCGUGGCUGGUUUCCAUGGCCUGCGAGGAUGUUCCAAUCUUUGACGUGCAUUGGUGGCUCUCAGAAGGGUCUCCUGUCCGCAUGUGCUCCUCUGGUGAUAGGCGAGGGAAAUGCUACAGGAGUUGUCGGACUUGGGCUAGAGUCCGGCCAGGGGUAUCGCUCUUUUUUAGUAAGUCUUUUUAAAAAAAAAAAAAAAAAAAAAGAAGAAAAAGAAGGAAAAAAAAAAAGAAAAAAGCCGAUUGAAUUACAUGUAGUUGAAUGUGAGGUUUUUUUCUUUGCGGAUACCUGCUGACCGGCUCUCUGGUUAUUCCCCUGCUGUAGCUGGAUUUGGGAAAAACUCGCCUUUAAAAAUGCUCCUGGGCGUCUCUGCAGGCACCGUGCUUCCUCGCCAAGAUCUGGGUUUUCCACCCCAAACUCCACACGUGCAAAUAUUACCAAAGUCAAUAAAAGAGAAUAAAUGAUGCGCUA